AUGACGGCCUCCAAGUCCUCGCGCCCGCCAGUGGUCCUGGUCACUGGUGGCGCCGGCUACAUCGGGUCCCAUACUUGCCUCGCCCUCCAGGAGGCCGGCUACGACAUUGUCGUCAUCGAUGAUCUGAGCAACUCGUCCCCAGAGUCUCUCUCGCGCGUGGAGCAGCUCACCGGCAAGAAGGUGCUGGAUUUUGUCCACUCGGAUGUCCGCAAUGAGCAAGCCCUGGAUGCUCUGUUCCAGAAGCACAAGCCCGUGGCUGUCAUCCACUUUGCCGGCCUCAAGGCCGUAGGUGAGAGCGUGCGCCUGCCGCUGAUGUACUAUGAUGCCAACAUCGGCUCAACGGUGGCUCUGCUCAACUGUAUGAUCAAGCACGAGUGCUUCAACUUUGUCUUCUCCAGCAGUGCCACCGUGUAUGGCAACCCCGGCCCCGCGGGCACGCCCGGCGGGCUUCCUCUCCGGGAGUGCGCCCCCCUGGGCGCGCUCAAUCCGUACGGCCAGACGAAGCUUGCGAUUGAGCACAUGCUUCGUGACCUGGCCUGCGCGGAUGAGCGUUGGCGGAUCACCCUCCUGCGCUACUUCAAUCCGUGUGGCGCGCACCCAAGCGGCCGGAUUGGAGAGGAUCCCCAGGGCAUCCCCAACAACCUGAUGCCCUACGUCUCCCAGGUUGCGGUCGGCGUCCUGCCGCACAUCAAUGUCUUCGGCAACGACUACAGCACGCCCGAUGGGACCGGCGUGCGGGACUACAUCCAUGUGUGUGAUCUGGCGGCUGGGCAUGUGUCUGCCCUGGCCUGGCUGCUGAAGGGCUGCCCGGCACCGGCGGAUGCGGCCCCGGGGACGGGCACCUGCCAGGCCAUCAACCUCGGCACCGGAGUCGGGUACAGCGUAUUGGAGAUGAUUGCCGCCAUGGAGAAGGCCUGCGGGCGCAAGCUGGCCUACAAGAUCACCGACCGGCGUCCUGGCGAUGCGGACGCCGUGUACUCGGACGCCUCGCUGGCUCUUGCGCUGCUGGGCUGGAAGGCCGAGCUGGAUCUCGAGCGCAUGUGUCAGGAUCUGUGGAACUGGCAGCACAACAACCCCCAUGGCUACGCCGUGACGAAGGGCUCCCAGUGA